CUAAAAGCGCGCGGGCAAUUUUACAGCUGUUACGUUAGCUGUGCUUGCUAAAGCUUUACGAUAGUUCAUCACUCGCACCUCUGCUUGCAACCCACAAGUGUCACGGUCAGGAUGCCUGGUGCAGACGCAAAUGAUGGCCUCACAGCAGCCACUCUCGAUGGUGCGCGCGCGCGCCUCCCUCUUUCUCCGCCCAAACGCAUGCCAAACGCAUGCGCCGCGUUCAAUCUUACCAACGCCGACCCCCCAUCGCAGCCGUGCAAGAAAUGUCCGACCUCCUCGACGCGGACCUCGGCCGCCCGGCGCUCGAGGUGCUCACGCGGCUCUGCGACCAGGGCGUGCGUCCCGCCGUCCUUGUAUGAGACGCGCGCACCGCGAACCGCGCGCUCGCAGGUUAAUCCGACGGCGCUCGCGGCCGUCGUACGGGAGCUACGGAAGGAACGGGACGCGCUGGCCGCGGCGGCGUCGCAGGCGGGGGGAGAGCCUCCUAGGCGAUAGCGCUAAAGUAAAAUACCACC